AUGUCACCCUCGGAUUUCCUGGAUAAGCUAAUGGGGAGAACCUCUGGAUACGAUGCCAGGAUCAGGCCCAAUUUUAAAGGUCCCCCAGUGAACGUGAGCUGCAACAUUUUCAUCAACAGCUUUGGUUCCAUUGCUGAGACAACCAUGGACUAUAGGGUCAACAUCUUCCUGAGGCAGCAGUGGAAUGACCCCCGUCUGGCCUAUAAUGAAUACCCUGAUGACUCUCUGGACCUGGACCCAUCCAUGUUGGAUUCCAUCUGGAAACCUGACCUAUUCUUCGCCAAUGAGAAGGGGGCCCACUUCCAUGAGAUCACCACAGACAACAAACUCAUUCAACUCCCUUCUCUUUUCAGAAUCACUCUGACACUGGCCUGCCCAAUGGACUUGAAGAAUUUCCCCAUGGACGUCCAGACAUGCAUCAUGCAACUGGAAAGCUUUGGAUAUACCAUGAAUGACCUCAUCUUUGAGUGGCAGGAGCAGGGAGCUGUGCAGGUGGCAGAUGGACUAACUCUGCCUCAGUUUAUCCUGAAGGAAGAGAAGGACUUGAGAUACUGCACCAAGCAUUACAACACAGGUAAAUUCACCUGCAUUGAGGCCCGGUUCCACCUGGAGCGGCAGAUGGGCUACUACCUGAUCCAGAUGUAUAUUCCCAGCCUGCUCAUCGUCAUCCUCUCAUGGAUCUCCUUCUGGAUCAACAUGGACGCUGCACCAGCCCGUGUGGGCCUGGGCAUCACCACUGUGCUCACCAUGACAACCCAGAGCUCUGGCUCCCGAGCAUCUCUGCCCAAGGUGUCCUAUGUGAAAGCCAUUGACAUUUGGAUGGCAGUUUGCCUGCUCUUCGUGUUCUCAGCCCUGCUAGAAUAUGCCGCUGUCAACUUCGUGUCUCGGCAACACAAAGAGCUGCUCCGGUUCAGGAGGAAGCGGAGACAUCACAAGGAGGAUGAGGCUGGAGAGGGCCGCUUCAACUUCUCGGCCUAUGGGAUGGGCCCAGCCUGUCUGCAGGCCAAGGAUGGCAUCUCAGUCAAGGGUACCAACAACACCACCACUACCAACCCCCCUCCUGCACCAUCUAAGUCCCCAGAGGAAAUGCGAAAACUCUUCAUCCAGAGAGCCAAGAAGAUUGACAAAAUAUCCCGCAUUGGCUUCCCCAUGGCCUUCCUCAUCUUCAACAUGUUCUACUGGAUCAUAUAUAAGAUUGUCCGUAGAGAGGAUGUCCACAACCAGUGA